AUGAAACAAGAGAAAAAUAUUAUAGUUUUCACUCAACAAGACUUUUAGUCUAAUUUCUUAGUGAAUCCGAAUCCUCCUUUAGGUUCAGGUCACGAUGCUAAAGUUUACUUGGCAAUGCAUAAACGUACUGGUGAAAUGUUUGCCCUCAAAGUGCUUACUUCUAUAACACCAGAUCAUCUCAACAAUCUCUAGGUUUUUUUUUGUAUUUAUUUAGUGAACGAAAUCAAAAUACUUAAAUUAAUAGAUCAUCCCGGUAUUGUUCAAAUAAAAGGUCAUGCUCAAGAUUAUACAUGUGUUUUGUUGGAGUAUAUGCCUCAUGACACAUUUCUUAGAAUAUUGAAAAAAGGACCAUUCCAUAUAUCUCUUUCAAAAACACUUGCUAGCCAUUUAAUUCAUAUUUUAGCAACUCUACAUAAUCAUUAGAUUGCUCAUUGUGAUAUUAAGCCAGAGAAUAUAUUGAUUGCUGCAGAUUAUAAAGUGAAAUUAUGUGAUUUUGGCUUUGCUCGAAUUACCUAAUAAUUAUCAAGACCUCCUGGAGGAACACCUGGAUAUACAGCACCAGAAAUUUAUAAAGGAAAUAAUUUAGAUUUAUUUAAAUGUGACAUUUUUGCCCUAGGAAUAGUAAUAUUCAUUAUAGUAAUGGGAUUUCCUCCAUUUUAGAGUAAUGAUCCAACUUUGAGAGACUAAUGGUGGAAUAUGAUACUGAAUAAAUAAUAUGACAUUUUUUGGAAGAAAUGCGAGUAAUAUCGAUAGCAAAAGUAUCCCUUAGAAUUUAAAGAUAUGAUUAUGCAAAUGUUAGAGCCUGAUCCUGAUAAAAGAAUUAAUAUUACUUAAUUAAGUCAGCAUUCCUUUUUAUAAAAUGGUGCAUCAAUUGAAUAAAUAGUUUAGGAACUUCAAAAGAGAGUCAAAAAGUGA